UUAUAAAUGAGGAACCAUUAUUGAUAUAUAUAUAGAUGAUUAAUUAGUAGUAUGUUUGAAUGUGAACAGGGGCAGCACUUGGAGAAGGAAGUGGUGCAACAAUGUCAGAUGAUGAGGAUGAGCUGCAAAUGGAUUUCUCUUUAGAUCAAUCAGUAAGCGAUGGGCACGGCCUGAUGGGACUCGGGCCAUUGCUAUUCACGGAGUCGGAGAGAAGUUUAAUGGAGCGAAUGAGGCAAGAACUCAAAAUAGAACUAAAACAGGGAUUCAAAUCAAGAAUCGAAGACGUGAGAGAGGAAAUACUAAGGAAGAGAAGGGCUGGGAAGCUGCCGGGUGACACAACGAGUGUGCUAAAGAAUUGGUGGCAGCAACACUCAAAGUGGCCUUAUCCCACUGAGGAGGACAAGGCGAAGCUAGUGGAGAAGACGGGUUUGCAGCUGAAGCAGAUAAACAAUUGGUUCAUAAACCAACGGAAGCGAAACUGGCAUAGCAAUUCGCAGUCUCUCAAGUCCAAGCGAAAGAGGUAGUCGACAAGUAGAUCAUACAAAUACUCUCUCAUAUGUAUAUUAUUUUUAGCCAAAUCAUUGAUCAGCUAUCAUAGGAACAAGGUGUCUCACUCACUC